AUGUCCUCGAGUCGGAAGCAUCACAUAAAGAGUCUGAUGCUGUCCAUUGCCAAAGGGCUUCUGGAGGAAGAAGAGAGAGAGCGCGAGGUGCAGAGGGAGCAGUACAUGCAGGAAAACUGCCCUGACCCGUCAUUCCCCCGUAACAUGCAGGAGUUACAAGAAUUGUGCAGAGAAAUCCACCGCAAAAUUGAUGUGAUUGAUGAGGAGAGAUACGACUUGGAAAAUAAAGUUAACAAGUCAAACAAAGAGAUUGAUGACCUGAAGAUCAAAGUUCAGGAUCUGAUGGGCAAAUUUAAGAAGCCAGUUUUGAGGAAAGUACGUAUGUCCGCUGACGCCAUGCUCAAAGCUCUGCUGGGCUCCAAACACACGGUCAACAUGGAGCUGAGGGCCAACCUCAAACAGGUCAAGAAGGAGGUCAAAGAUGAGGAUAAAGAUCUGCGGGACGUUGGUGACUGGCGUAAAAACAUUGAAGACAAGUCUGGCAUGGAUGGAAGGAAGAAGAUGUUUGAGACCGAGGCUUAG